AUGCAUAGUUGUCUUGUCUCACCUUCGCCCUCCCGCCCAUCCUCCCCCCAUCACGUCCUCUCGCUUUCCGCGCUACCACAGGAGCGGCACAGCAACAAGGGGGAGUUCUCCCGGGCGAAGCUCAAGGGGAAGCGCGCCAUAGAGCUGGGGGCUGGCUGUGGCCUCGCUGGCUUGGGGUUUGCGCUGCUGGGGUGUGACACGGUGCUCACAGACGAGGCGCUGGUGCUGCCUCUGCUGUUCCGCAAUGUGACCCGCCUGCAGUCCCAGGCUUCCAUGGACGCUGCUGCUGACUCCUUCCUCGGCAGUGUGGGAUCAGUGGAGGUAGCAGAGCUAUGGUGGGGCAACGCACAACACAUAGCCCAAGUCGGCCCACCUUUUGAUGCCAUUGUUGCCACUGACGUGGUGUACGUAGAAGACUCUGUCCCGGCUCUCCUAGCAACCAUGCUUUCCCUCUCCCACCCCCGCACCCCCAUUCUCUUGGGGUACGAGUUCCGCUCGGCCACAGUGCAUGACCGCCUGCAUGCAUACGCGAAGCAGAUGUUCGACGUCAAGAAGGUCCCUGCUACUAAGCUGCAUGCAGAGUACCAGCACCCGUCCAUUGAUGUGUUCAUCAUGAAACGCAAGGCCGCACCCAUACUGCCUCCUGAACUUGCGGCGAUGGCCGGGCUAGCAGCCAGGCACGUCAGCAAAAGCGAGUUGCGCGAAGCGACAGGCGAGGAGAAAACGACGACGCCACUCGCUGACGAGCCUUCGUCGCCGGUCAGGCCGCUGGAGGAGCCUCUGCUUCGGCAUUCCCAAGGGCGCAACGCGGAAGGAGGACUGCGGGGAGAGCAGCAGCAGCAGCAGCAGCAGCAGUAUGAGGGCCUCUUGCCGACUCUCCUGUGGUGCUGCUUCGCGUGUCUUGGCGCCUUCUCGUUCGGAUAUGCGGUGAGGGAGAUGAAUGGCGGAGGGAGGGAGAGAGAGGAAGCGAGCAGGGGAGAUGGGCUAUACCUCACACGUUCUUCUUCCCCCGAAAUGGGGGUUACAUCCCACUUCCUCCCCUCGUUCUCCGCGGACCCGCCCCCCGCACCAUCAUCCCGUUCUCUCUUCUCCGACUUUCCCCCUCCACAUUGGCGUAUCUUUCUCAGACUUUUGCCCCCUCUCCUCUCCCAUUUUGCUCCCCUUCCCCUCUUUCUUCCCUCAACCUCCCCGUUCUCCCCCCCACCUCCCAUCCCACCUUCCCCCACUCCCCGCUCCCCUCCUCCGCAGGUGGGCUACACCUCCCCCGCGCUCGCCUCUCUCUCCGCGGACCUGCGCCUGUCCCCCGCGCUCGCAUCGCUCUUCUCCUCGCUCAUAACAGUGGGCGCAAUGCUGGGGGCGGUGGGCGCAGGGGCAGUGGCGGAAGGAGUGGGGCGCAGGGGGGCAUUGGCGCUGGCUGCGCUGCUGCUGGCGGCGGGAUGGGGGGGAAUAGCCUUGGCGCAGUCGCUGCCUCUCCUCCUCUCCUCUCGGGUCAUCAAUGGCCUGGGUGUGGGCCUCGCUUCCUACGUGGUGCCAGUGUACAUAGCAGAGGUGGCCCCCAACGCGUGGAGGGGCGCGUUGGGGAGUCUGAACCAGCUGGCAAUCACAGUGGGCAUGCUCGGAGUCUACUCCGCCGGCCUCGCCCUCCCCUGGCGGCCCUUCGCUGCUUUCGGAGCGCUGCCAGCUGUCGCUCUCCUAUUGGGCGUGGCAGCAGCGCCGGAGAGUCCUAGGUGGCUGGCCAGGAGGGGAGCGGGGCGAGAGGAGGUGCUGCGAGUGCUGCUGCGACUGAGGGGCGCGCAUGGUGCUGCUGCUGCUGCUGGUGGCGGUGGCGGUGGUGAUGGUGGUGGUGGUAGUGGCAUUGCUGUGCGUGGGGCUGAUGGUGCUGCAGCAGUGUGCGGGCAUCAACGCCCCCUCGUACCCUCAUAUCACCGCCAGCUGUGCGUGGGGCUGAUGGUGCUGCAGCAGUGUGCGGGAAUCAACGCCAUAGUCUUCUUUGCAGCGACCAUCUUCCGCAACGCUGGCUUCACCAACCCCAACCUCCCCAGCUUCGGGAUCGCUGCCGUGCAGGUCCUUUUCACGGUCUGCUCAGCUCUCCUCCUGGACAGGGCAGGUCGGCGCGUGCUGCUGCUCCUCUCUUCCUCCGGCAUGUCCCUCUCCUGCCUCCUCCUCGGCCUCUCCUUCUACCUCCCACACACACACCAUCCCUUCCUCCCUGCCUCCUCUGCGCCCCUCCUCGCCUUCUCCGGCUGCAUGGCGUACAUUGUCUUCUUCUCCAUGGGCAUGGGCGGCAUCCCUUGGAUUAUUAUGUCCGAGAUCAUUCCAGCGCACAUGCGAUCGCUGGCAGGCAGCCUGGUGGUGCUCUGGUCUUGA